UUAUUUACCGGUUAUCCACACUUUUACUCCAAAUUUCCCAAAAUUCUCGUCAAUGCAUCUGGAUUUUUAGUGUUUUGUGAAAUAGGUGACCUAUAUCAGCGCCAUGUUUGAAAACAAUGUUGAAAUGAGUGUUUUGAGUGGUUAAUGUUUUUAUUAUGUGAUUUGUGAAAAUGUCGACGGAGCCAGAAAGCGGUAUGAGCCGUACGCUGAGCGCACUCGGCGGCGGAGAUGCGUGCGGGGCGCGUUGGACGUUAGCAGCUCUUCUGUUGGCGCCUUUAGCUGCUGCCAACUCGAGCUACUGCGCUGUGCCUGCUGUUAUGUUGCUGGCUGCCUUUAUAACAGUGGCUACUAUCACAUGUAGAGAUCUCAAGAAACUAGCCGACAUCCUACCCCCAGCAAGAACCGGCCGUGGCCGUCGCGAGCGCAAUCUACGCUCCUUCGCCGACUUCAUGGCAACAUGGAUGUGUUUCCUCUCACACCUGGUAGCCGUAGCCAUCUGCGCAAGGAUCCUCAGUGCGACUGCGGAUCACGUGACGAGCGGACGGACGAGGCGGUGGCUGUUUGGAUAUGAGACCAGGGCGCUGGGCGAACCUUGGCCUGAUGUGCUUGGGGUUACUGUGGUCAUGGUGGUUUGUGCCAUGUUCAUGUGUGGAUUGGAGGAAAGCAUGAUGUUCACAUUCAUGCUGUUGAUUCUGCUGUACAUAUUCAGCCAGUUCUUCGCUAUCUUUGGUCUAAUAAAUUUAGAUAUUGCUAACAUAAACAUGCCUAUACCUAUGACUAUUUACGAGCUUUUUGCCGCUGGAUCGCCUAUCUCAUACGCUUUUUGUGUAUCGACACAGAAGAAAGAUAACAGUUUAAAGAAGACUCUAAUUCUUAUGGUCGGGCUCCCUGCAAUUAUUUUAUCUGGCCUGUGUUUUUUGUACACAAACAUGUUAAAAGGAAGUAGUAUAGACGCGGCAUUGCCAAUAACAACUCUACUAGAAGCCAGAGCACCCUCAUGGAUGUGUCCCCUCUUAGCCGCAGUCACUGUAGCGGGGAUCAGUCUGGCCCUGACCGAGCUGUGUCCCAUACUCUUCUCUAUCCUGGUGACUUUGGCUUCUCCUGAAUGGAAGGUGCUCACCAGAUCCAUGACGUACGAAAGUCAAACAACAGGCAGUCCGGUUCUAGCUGUGUUCACUGCUGGAAGUCUAGCAGCAAUUCUAGCUUUCGCCUGUCCACUUUCCCACAUGAUCACGUUAAUGAAUGCGAGCCAUUUACUGGGAAUUUCGGUACAGGCUUUCCACUUUAUGAUAAUGAGAUGUGUUCCGACUGCAGAACAGAAAGAAGCUGGAGAUGUUGAGUACAAACGUCUAGAUCGAGGAGAUGCACGAACUAAGACAUCAGGGAAGAAAUCAAAAAGGGGGCUUUGGUUCAUCCCUUCUGCUAUAAGGCACACAAAAACUUUGGAGAGCAUCAAAUCUAAAGUAACUGCGAAAGAAACUGAAGAGCGGGAAUGUCUCCUCCUCGACGAAUACGGCAGCGGAGUAGUAGACGAUGCCGAGCCAAUGACCAGUUGCAGCAGUGACCAGCGGAUCGCGCCGACUGCUAUAGACGAAGUGCCUUCGGAUGUCGAAGUGGAAGUCAGCGAAGGGGACCUGUCGUCUGGCGAUGACUCCACUGAUAUUGAUGCUGUUGUUAAGGAGUACAGGGAUACGAUACAAGUAGUGACGUCUCUCCCCGAAGCAAGUGCUCCCAUCCCUCCUUGCGUGCGCGGGGCCAGAUGGUCGGCAGUGGGCGCUGUAGUGCAGUUGAUCGCUGCUGCUUUGAUAGCUGUAGCCUUCUGCAAUGAACACAUUCGAUUGCCAAUGUUCGCUGCUGGGAUACCAGUGUGGAUCUGCGGCACCUUCAUAUGCGCAUGGCAGCCAGCCCAUCCCCUCGGCAUGCGCAAGGGGCAAGGUCUACAAGCGCCUUUGGCUCUGCUGCCGGCUCUUCUGUUCCUCACGCCUCUACUGAUUGACUCCUGGCCCGCCAUCGUACUGUUCGCUGGCGCUGGUGUCGUGAUCUACGCUCGCUGUGAGCGUUGGUGUGGCGACUUAGCCGUCCAGCAAGCCCGUAGCGCGGUUGAACGACGGAAGCUACACGCUGUGUCCGCUGAUGUCCCUCUGGCCGCUCAUCUCGCCCACAUAGACACCGUGUUCAUAACCAGAUGACAAGAAGAUGACUCGGAUACGAGUCUGGAUAACCUCCUCGACGCAGAAGACGAAGAACCGGACCCUGACGAAUGACCAGCAGAUGUCAUCCCAUAGUCAUCUUCAGAACCAUUGUGAAUGUUCAACCAUGAAUUCGACGUAUGUAGACGCCAGGAGUUGUGAAGUGGGACUUUUGCUUGUGGAAAGUGAGAUUCGAUGAUUGGCAACAGCUAAUUAAGGGUGUUAUAUCUAUGCAUUUAGAUCUGGUUUCUAUUCAAACGAAAACAUUUUAAAAUCAGAGAGAACAUAAAAGAGAAGAUAUGCCCUUGCCCCUAUUUGACAAGAGGCGUGAAAUAUAAUUAGUAAGUGUGAAUAAAUGUGUCAAAACACAACACAGAAAAAGAUAACGCAAUAAUAUUUAUAAAGAUAACCUCCUAGUGCCUAUAUUGCUUUAGGGUUUGAAAUUUUAUAGCUGAUUUGCAUUAGUUCUUGUGUCAUUUUAGAAAAAAGCCUGAAAUCGACACAUCUUGUGAAAAUAGCAGUGUAUCACAAGCUUUAUAAAUUAUUAAAGACAAUGAUGUUCUUUAUUAUAAAUUAUUCUAAAUUUAAAUUAAUUGUAAGAGUUUUCUUAAAUACGAUUCAAUUUUAUUCAUAAGUGUGUUGCCAAUGUUGGACACAAAUCAACCUUAGGUAUAUAAGGUCCUAAUUUAUUAGUUGCAGAUAUUUUAACACAUGAUACUUUACA